GUCCUUUGUAUGUGUCUUGUGAUCUUCUUGGUGAACUACGCGUUGAUACAAGCAGGACGAUGGCUCGUUUGUUUUGGUUUUGAUCGAUGCUGAUGCAGAUGCGUACAUGGUAAGUCAUUCAGACAGGCCGCUGAGUCCGAUGCUAAUGUACUGCAGUUCAAGGAUUCAUACUACCACGACCCCGAUGGCGGGCGAAAGGCAGUAUUUGAUCUCCAAGCGCAAGUGAAGGGGUAUCUUGGAAAGACCGAGCCUAGAUUGGCCCAUUUGCCAAUUGUGAUACGAGCUUUUGCCAACAUGGAUGGCAUAUCUGGUCAUCUCUCGAGAGUCGGGCUAAUAAAAUCGUCCGUAGCUUUGUGGGACUUUGCAAAAGGCUUCUCCCAAGCUCAUGCUGGCUCUGACUUCGUCUUCGUCGGAAGUGGGAAGGAUCGCGCAGACAAGAAGAUCAAAGGCGUUUUUGAACAGUUUGUGAAAAAUCCUACUUGCCGCCACAUCGUUUUUGGAGCUUGUCACGACAACGGCUACGUAAGACUUUUAGAGGAUUUCACGGAAGAUCAGGCUGUUGUCGAACGAAUCACACUUCUCCACUCGUUCAGUGUGGGUAAAGAGUUCCAAAGGUUGCCCUUUCGAUCGAUGACGAUGAAGUCGAUUUUUCCGACCUGGUUGCCCGAGAUCUCUAGGAUUUCGACACCAAACAGCAGCCCUGGAGCUCUUGCGAGGGUUGUAAGCCACAGUCCCACUGGAGAUAUGCAGGCAAGUCUCGUAAGCGGCAAGGAGACGAGCAACGGAACUCUGGCUUGUGGAAGAGAUCUUCCUCAACGCGUCCUCGUCAAUGCAACUGGCCAGCGAGUCGACGAGAAGCUCUCAAAUCCUUCUCAGGCAGCAGUCCUCAGUUGGAGUCACAAAAUCAAGGUAGUGAAGAUGAGGUACUGUCGUAUGUACCAGCUUAGCGAUGGUUGUCCAGGGAACUGCGGUUACUCGCAUGGUCCUUUGUCGGACGAAGAGAAGCUUGUCUAUCGGUUGAAUCUCAGGCGGGAGGUCUGUCGUACCGGUUUGGGGUGUCGUGACUGGAGAUGCUAUUACAGACACAACUGCUUCUGUAACAAACAGCUCUGCAAGUUCCCAAAGGAGAUGCACAGUGUUGAUAAAGCUACUGCAGAAGUAUUAGCGAAUGGGCAAAGAGAGGUCUAUUUUAAGCCUAGAGACGGUUAAGCUAUUAGACACUCGAUGGAAACGUCAGGCGCAGUACAGCGCAUGUUACUUUGUUAGACAUUUGCUUCUUGGAGCAUAUAGUUGGAUAGAGCUAU